AAACUUUACGACAUUCUCACGGAUCUGAGACUUUCCCUUUUAGAUAUUUUCAGACAAGAAUUUUUAAUCUCUUGUUCUUCUCUUUUUCAAUUUUUGGUUCUUCUUGCCGUCGUAGUAACCUUUGCUUUUUAAUCAUUUGCUUGAGCAUUGUGUGUUCUUGUCCUCUCGAAUUCUGAUUGCGAAUUUAUCCCUAAUCAAAGCUUAGCGAUUUAGGAAAUUCGAUCUCUCUCUCUCUCUCUCUUUUGCCCUAGAUUUAGAUUUUUUUUUUUUUGUUCUUGGUCUUUCUUUUCAUCGUAAUAUAAUGAGUUUCUGGGUUUCCAUGCUUCUCCUCUUAUGUGCGAUAGCUGGGUCAUGCUUACCUUCCGGGCUCGCUUCCUCCGUUGACGUUUGCGAUCAUCAUGAUGAAUUCGAGGUGUUCCGUUGCGGAAUCGACAGAAAGUGUCCUCCUUUUCUCUAUCCCAGACCUCCAACAGAGGUGGAUGGAGACUUGCUAGACAGACUCAUGGAUUCACAUAACCAUGGAAAUGCUUAUACUUCCAUACUAUUUUAUUCCCCUUGGUGCCCCUUCUCAUGUUUAGUACGCCCAAAGUUCGAAGCGCUGAGUUCAAUGUUCCCCCACGUAGGGCACCUGGUUGUUGAGCAGUCUCAGGCUUUACCAUCGGUCUUUUCUAGGUAUGGUAUCCAUAGCUUGCCUUCAAUCUUGAUGGUGAAUCAAACAUUGAAGAUGCGAUACAUUGGUCCAAAGGAUCUUGCAUCCCUGAUUCAGUUUUACCAACAUACAACAGGUCUUAAACCCGUUCAGUGUGUGGAUGAAGCUGAACCUAACCUGAUCAAAUGGCUACACAACGGUUCAUCUAUCAGAGAGAUAGCGGAAAGAGAUCCAUAUUUGGUACUCGCACUGAUGUUUCUGUCUUUGAAACUUGCAAUUUUGAUCUUCCCCAUCAUGGGAGCGCGCUUGAGAACGUUAUGGGCAGCUCAUGUUCCGCAUCUGAGCUUGGGAAUACUCGGUGAGACUAGCCAGCUCUUUGGCCGUGCGUUGCACAUGAUCGACGUGAGGAGGCUUUGGAUUAAACAGAGACUUAACAAGACAAGGGACUUCCAAGAGAGAGCAAAGAAUGCGCUUGCAUCUGUCUCGCUAGGAAAAUCUACUUCACAAUCAGCUUAAAGGGUGCUGAUGAGCUUAGUUUAAUUACUUUUCUUUUUGUGGACUUGUUAUCAACUUUGGAGUUUGGAGUUCUUGUCUCUGUAUGUAAAUCAUGUUUUGCUUAUUUGUGAAUAAUUCAUCUUUCUUUCUUGAAUGUGUGUAUUCCGGGUCCACUUCGUUU